UAAAUUUUAAGAAAACUAUAAAGAAGUAUCUAGAAAGAUCCCUACUCCACCAUAUUUUGGCUUCUCCAUUUCACUACAAAUCCCCAAUUUCUCAAACCCUAAUCAGCAGAGAAGAAGUGUAACCGCAUCUGAGCUUUGUGGUUGCGGCAAUGGCGGAACACUUGGCAUCGAUAUUCGGAACGGAGAAGGACCGGGUGAAUUGCCCGUUCUACUUCAAGAUCGGCGCGUGUAGGCACGGGGAUCGGUGCUCUCGCCUCCACACGAAGCCGAGCAUAAGCCCCACCAUUCUGCUCUCCAACAUGUACCAGCGCCCCGACAUGAUAACUCCCGGCGUCGACGCCCACGGCCACCCCAUCGACCCUCGCAAGAUCCAGGACCACUUCGAGGAGUUCUAUGAGGAUCUCUUCGAGGAGCUCUCCAAGUACGGCGAAAUCGAAAGCCUCAAUGUCUGCGACAACCUCGCCGACCACAUGGUGGGGAAUGUAUACGUUCAGUUCAGAGAGGAGGAGCAUGCUGCCAAUGCUGUUAGAAACCUCACUGGAAGGUUUUAUGCCGGUAGGCCAAUCAUCGUUGAUUUUUCGCCGGUGACGGAUUUUCGAGAAGCUACUUGCAGGCAGUACGAGGAGAAUACAUGCAACCGCGGUGGCUAUUGCAACUUCAUGCAUUUGAAGAGAAUUAGCAGGGAUUUGAGACACCAAUUAUUUGGGAAGCACCAUAGAAGGCACAGCAGAAGCAGAAGUAGGAGUCCUUACAGGCAUCGGAGCCAUGAGGAGCGGUCCCAUCGUAGUCAUAGCAGAAAGCACGAUGAUAGGGACCACCAUCACGAGAGUCGAAGCAGGAGACACAAGAGCACGAGUCCUGAGCAUAGGAGAGGAAGAAGUCGAAGUCCUGGUCGUAGGAGGCACCGUAGUCCAGUUAGAGAUGGCAGUGAGGAGAGGCGUGCCAGAAUUGAGCAGUGGAACAGGGAGAAGGAAGAGCAGGAUCCUGGAAACAAGACUAAAGCUGUGGACAUCGACAAUGGUAACAGUGGGCACUCUCUUAAGGCUAGCAAAUUUCAUGGGCAUCAGCAUCAAGAGCAGGAACAGCAAUCUCCAAAUGAGGCUUAUUGAUCUGCAUAUGUUAUUAUGGUGGUGCAGGUACACUAAUCAACACCAUACAUGAAGACUAAUGAACGACCGGUUUCAACUCUUUCGUAGGGGUUUUUAAUUCAAUUAGUUAUUCUUUUAUUUUGGUCCGUGGAAAAUUGAAACAGUAUGAUGUUACGCUGUUAUGAGUUUUGCAGGUUCAGGUAUCCCUGCAUAUAAAGAAACGAAGUUAAUUCCAGUUUACCAUGGAAUGUGUACAGGUUGAUUCUUCUUGGUAUGCUCUUUGGAGGAUGUUUUAAUGAGUCUUUCAGCUGGCAACUAAUCGUGUAGGAGUAGGAUGAAUGAGAAAACUUCUGUCAUUUGCAGGCUGAGGAAGAUGCUUUUCUUUUCUUUUAUGGAAUAUUAGUAUGUGUAUUGGUUACCAACUUUUGAACUUGAUUUCCCGUUUCUAAAAUUGUUUCUUUUA